AUGUCGCCAAGUGCAUACUAUUUUACCGCGAACAGUUACAACAUGUUAAGGAUAGCCUUGUGUUUGUGUGUGUUACGUGCGGCCGCUAUUAUUGUGACUGAUGCACCACCAAGUACAGAUUAUAAUUAUUGGUACGAUAUUGCAGGUCCAACAACGGGAGAUGCCAAAUUUCAUAAGGAAACAAGACAGGGAGCUUUCAUACGCGGCUCCUACUCUUUAAUAGACCCAGAUGGGAGCCAUCGGACGGUUGACUCCAAAAACGGUCUCAAGGCUAUUAUAAGAACAGUACUAGUACAUUCACCAUACAAUUCGCAUAAGUCAUAUAGACAGUUUAAUUCUGCAUAUCGAGUGCCACGUCCAGAAUUUUACCAGCCACCAGCGACGAAAACAAAUUCGAUACAAGACGAGCCUGUCCUUUUCACACCGGGAAAUAAUACUCAAAUAGAUAGACCUACUUUUAGCCAGGGGGAAUUGUUUUUGCCAAAUUAUAUGCAUCAUUAG